AUGGGCGGAUUUGAUAAUAUCAAGAAAGAGUUCAUGAACCGUACUAAGAUAUUGCUGAGAAGUGAAGUAACAUGGCAUCAGAAAACCAUGGGAUACCGCACAUUAGCGGUAUCAAAGUUAAAGUAUGUCUUCCUAGUCGCAAAUGAGGCUUGGUCUAGACUUCAGCAGUUGUUGAGUGAAGCUAGACAGUGGGACAAAGAGGUGAGAGAG